CGCAGUGCGUCUGACGCAGUGUACUGCUUUAAUAUUAUUUUAUGUACUAAUUUCCUAUGUAGCGUCAGCGGCUUGCGGCGAUUUUGUUGAACGCAAAGCCGUGCGGCUAUACCCCUCGAAGAGCAGUAUAGACGCAGCCGUUAGUCAAGUCUAAAAAAAAACCUGUGCAGAUUGAAAACUGCUGUGGUGAUAUCAAAACGAAAAAUUUUAUUUAAAACGAAAAAUGUCCAUGGAAACAUUUACAGGUUGGGAAGAUGAAAAGUUGGUGGAAGUGGUUGCAAAGUUUCCGUGUAUUUAUGAUCUUUUAAAUCCGGCUCAUAAAGACCAAAUAAUAAUAGAUAAUGCCUGGAAGGAAAUAUCGCAAUUUGUAGGGAGAUCAGUAAAGGAUUGUAAAUACAGAUGGCGAAACAUCAAAGACACAUAUCAAAAAAGACUUAAAAAGGGAAAAGGAACUGGAUCGUCUGCAACGUCCAAAGGUAAGAAGUGGCCCUUAGCAGACAUGUUGACAUUUCUAAAUAAAGUGGAUCACAAACGAGAAAGCAUAUCAAACCUUCAAUGUGAUAACACAGUUAUUGAAGACGAUAACGCCAGCACUGGGGACGAAUGCUUAGAAACAGGUACAUGUAAUGCUGGAGAUGAUUCUUCAAUCGGUAAUCCGAUCGAACAUUCUCUCCAACCUUUGCUCAAACGGCCGAGAAAAAGAGACAAAAUUGUUGAGUUAAUGGAAGCAAGACGGAAUGAACGUGAACAAAUUAUUAAAACAUUAACUCAGAACAAAGAGCAUGAGAUUGACGUCUUCUUCAGAAGCAUUGCAAUGUCCGUUAAAAAGUUGAAACCGGAACUUAUUAAUGAAGCAAAAAUGCGAUCAUUACAGUUGAUUUUUGAAUUGGAACAACGCAAUGAAUACCUCAUAAAUUCUCAGAUACCUUCCACAUCAACUAUUUAUUCUUCAUCGACACCGACGCCGACGCUGUCAAGUUUGGGUGGAGAUUCAGUCGAUUACAAUUUAUUAUAAAAAAAGAAAACAGAAAUAAAUUUGUUCUAGCAACAAUAAUUUCAGACUAGUUGUAAAUACUGGUUGUAAAUAACGUAAAAGAGUCAUGCUAUGGUGCAUCUUGGCACCAUAGCAUCACUCUUUUGACGGAUUUCAGGCCGUUCCCAACCGGUCAAAAUACUUGUUAGAACAAAGAAAUAGUUGUAAUAAAGAGUGAUAUAUUAUUUUUGUAUACCUAUUUUGCACACUCUAUUUACUGGAAUAUUUUGUUAUUCCCGUUACUUUCCCUUUUUUAUUUAUUUUAAAAGAAAUAAUACAUAUCUUUUUUGUUAUAUCAACAGUGCAGUUUUAUUCUACAGUCAACAUACUUACCUUAGAGUUACGGCAAGUUUUUCGUCGGGAGUUAUAGGGUACAUAUAUUUGUUUGACGAAUUCUUUUUUAUAUCUUCUUUAAUUAAGUCCAAAACAUAAUUAAAUUGAAGAAUGUUUAGUCUAAAAAACGCCCGGAAUUUCUGAUCAUCUACCAACAGAUGCCGAUUUACAAGUGUUGUAAAGAAUCCUUCCUCGCGUCUUCUUUUAAAAAUGGGAUGUGUGCCCGUAUUUUUAGAGUCUGCUAAAUGUUGCAGAAGAAUUUCUUCGUCUUCAUUUUCUUCUAACAUUAAAUGUAACAACAAAUUUUGUUCAGACAUUGCAAACAACGUGUGCUUCGUUUCCGUUGAUCGCGCGCGACUGAACGCAUCAUAGAAAUUAACAACUAUGCGUCAAUCGCAAA